CACCACGGGUCUUUCAAGACGACACGCACGCACCUGCCCACGAGUUCCCUAAAAAAAUUCCCGUUCUACUUAACCUUUUUCUUCCAAACCCCCCUUUCUGCUCCCUCCUUCUGGCCUUUUUUCUUCUUUUGCAAGUGUGUGUGUUGAACUAAAGCCAGAGUAAAAGCGACACAGCUGCACACCCGAAGAGAGCUGUGUACAGCAGAAAAACAUAAACAAUGCAACAUUUAUCCGUGCAGCCGCGACCGCCGCUGCCGCCGCCGCUCGAUUCCAACGAUUCAACAUUCAUAGUAUGUGUUCUUUUUUUUUCUCUUCCCGUCGAAAUGUCCCAAUAGACGAAACCUCGAGAUUGACUUUUGAUGUUGACCAGAAUGUCUCGUGUGUGAAUGGCCUCAAGAUCUUGCCAGAUUUGACCCACAAUUCACCAGCGAUCUUUGUGUCAGACGCCAGCGACAAAACAGAUCAACUAAUGUCAACAAACAGCAGCAGCAGCAGCAGCAGGAGUAGCAGCACCAACAACAACAACAACAACAGCAGAGAGCAUGCAAGCACCACCUGCAUCACGGGACCUCCGCCGACAGACAAGAUAAUAGUGCAGCCAUCAUCGACCCCAUCGCGCUUCUUUGACUCUUCUUUUGCUUCCUCUACUGCCACAACUGCCACCACCGCCAUUUCUCCCACUUUGACUAGUAAUACUGCCGCCUUGCCCCCUCCCUUUCCUGACUAUAACGACCACGACGGCAAAAACGACGACGAGUUGGGGUCCAUGCACACUCGGUCUUUCAGCUCGCUUUUAUCCACCGACGCUGAGCCGCCGUCGUUGGGCGGCUUUACGCCAAUGAACAACAGCAGCAGGUUCAUGCGGGCCAUUCGGAUGGCCAAGAAGAAGCGCCGAGGAAGUAUUGGGGAAGGCACAUUGCGGAGGCAAAAGGCUAUCUCUGUGCCCGUUGAGCCGCGCUUGACGAAAUCGUCUACACAAACACAGCAGCGUUACGACAGUAUCACCAGCCGCUUGCAGGAACAAGUUGUGGACAAGGAGCAGCAUAGGAUGUGGGACCCUCAUAUCGAUGCGUUUGAAAUCUUGCGGGCCAAGAUCACGGGGAUCACGCGGACGAUGCAGGAGUUUCACGUCCAGGAACUAUUUCAAGAUGAACUGUCCGAACGACGUGAGCGCCGGAUGAGCACGUCUAUCGACCAUCAAAAUAAGAAAUCCAGCUUGCUAGGUCAUCGCCGCAUACGGUCGCACGGGUCGGUUGAGUUUAUGCUGCAUCACAAGCAGAGAAAAGCAAACGACAGCCAAGCAAACGACGAGGACGACGCUGAUGAGAACGAUGAUGAAAAUGAAGCGCUAAACUCACCACCGCCACCUCCACCAGCACCCACGGUAGACCAGCUGCAACGCCAUGGCGAACAAAAAGAGGAUGUGUGGUCUCAUCUGCGCACGGACGACGAUUUUGCAGAGGACAUGUUACUCAACAGUAAUAACAAUUACGUCCAAGGCAACGAGGAGGAAGAGGAGGACGAUGCGUUGUUUGAUCACAAUGCCAAUCACGGACUGGCACCUCCGACCAGCCCGAAUUUGACGGCCUUGUUUCUCACAACAAACUCUCUUAUCAAUUCCCGAUUGGAUGAGCUGUCCGAGACAGCGUCGAUCGCGUCUUCGUGUGACCUGGCGAAUUCAUCAUCCGCAGAGUGGCGCUCGCAGUUUCUCGAGCUCGUCUCGUCGUGUAUUACCCAGUCCGAGGGGCUCGAGUCUCUAUCCACUGAGCUGCUCGGGACCGAAGGGCGGGUACGAGAGCUGCUGGUGGCCGAACAGACCGUACAGGAGCAAUACCGCGAACGCGAAAAGGCUUACGAAGAGCGGAUACGCGAGUGUCAGGAGGUUGCUAAGCAGCAGUUGUUAAUGAUCGACACACUCGAGGAACUGACUGCCGAUUUGGAAAUGAAAAUGGAGCAACUCAAUUCACAGCAGCAGGAGCUUGAACAGCAGCCGGACGAAGAUGAUGAUGGUGAUGCAUACAGUGCAGCAGACGAAAGAAGCAGCGUCAACAACGAGUCGUGGAAUUUCCGCCGGGCAAUAGCGGAUAUUCUGGGCAUCGAGUCCAAGGAUGAUUUGGUGCACAGGAUGCGCUGGGAGGUCGGCAUGUUUGUAGGUGGUGGGGUCGGUACGGGUCACAUUAUUCAUACUUUCGAAGGUCGCCUGCGUGGUAUCGAAAUGAUGAUUGCAGGGUCAGGCACGACCACUGUGGAUGAAUAUCAUCAUCAAUCAACAGCCUACCAACAGAGCUCCACUUAUCAGUCGCACUCGAUCCGUCAUACUCAGUUUCAUCAUCAUCAUUACCUAUUGCAUCUGCGACCAGAAGACCGCAAGACACGCUUUCGCUUGAUACCCCGUGCCCAUUGGGUUCCCGAUCAACUAGCAGAUCAAUGUCAAUUCGAACGCUCGGAAAAUAGGCGCUGUCCUACGCAGUUUACGUUGUUCCAAAGAAAGCAUCAUUGUAGAAGAUGCGGCAAAAUAAUCUGUCAACGUCAUAGCUCAAACAGGCUGCCUCUGUUUGCUACACCGUCCGCACCAGCGCAAUGGAGUCGCGUGUGUGAUCAGUGCUUCUGCAGCCUUAUCAUCAUUGUAGAAUGAUGGAUUUUUGUUUGUUUUGUUUAUAUAUAUCCGCCCCUUCCUGUCAGGAAAAGAUACCAUUUUAAGUCGACCAACCGAUCCCG